AUGGAGAUCAUAAAAACAUUUACAUUCGGUGCUAUCAAAUCUCAUUAUCAUGGACUUAGGGAGUUUUCCACGCGUUUGCCGGGUUUAUUGAGCGAUAUUACCGUGUUAGAUAUGACCAGGGUCAUCGCAGGGCCGUAUUGUACUAUGCUUAUUGGAGAUUUAGGUGCUAAUGUCAUAAAAUUGGAAAGCCACGAAGGAGAUGAGUCGAGGAAAUGGGGUCCCCCUUUUAUGAAAGACAACACAGAGUCGUAUUACUCUCUCUGCGUGAAUAGGAGCAAGAGAAGUGUUUGUGUGGACUUUAAGAAGCCAGAAGGUAAACAAAUAAUAUACGACUUGGUUAAGAAGUGUGAUGUAUUAGUGGAGAACUAUAUACCGGGAAAACUGGAUCAAUGGGAUGUUGGGUACGACAAACUGAGGCAAUUGAAUUCUCAAUUGAUAUAUUGUUCUAUUACUGGCUUUGGACCUGUUGGACCCUAUGCAAAAAAACCAGGAUAUGAUGUAAUAGCUGCAGCCAUGGGAGGUCUCGUCCACGUCACAGGAGAGAGAAAUGGAAGACCAGUUAAAGUAGGAAUACCUGCCACUGACCUUGCCACAGGACUGCAUGCAUUUGGUGCAAUCCUGACUGCUCUUUAUUACCGUGAAAAAACUGGCAAAGGGCAAAAGAUUGAUUGCAAUCUACUGUCCACACAGAUAUCAAUCAUGAUCAAUGUUGCUGGUAAUUACUUGAACUGUGGUAUAGAAGGUGAACGCUGGGGUACUGCUCACGCAAAUGUCGUCCCGUACCAAGCUUUUCCAACUAAAGAUGGUGAUAUUGUCAUUGGUGCAACAUCAAAUGCUCAAUUUGUUGACCUUUGUAGGAAAAUUGGAAGGGAGGAUAUGGCAAAUGAUGCGAGAUUCAAAAAUAAUUCAGAUCGGGUCGUGAAUAGAGAUGUGCUUAUCGAAAAUAUAAGCCGUAUGACUAUUAAGAAAACCAAGAAAGAGUGGUGGGAGUUGUUAAAAAAUGCAUCUUUUGCAUCUGGUCCAGUGAACUCAAUCAAAGAGGUAUUUGAAGAUGAGCAUGUGAAAGCUGUAGGGAUUGUACAGGAAUUGCCCCAUCCACUGAUUGGAACAAUGAAGACGACUGCUCCCCCUACUACAUACAGUGAAGGAGGAAACUAUGUCCGUUCAGCACCUCCACUUCUGGGCGAACAUACGAAAGAAGUUUUGUCAGAUUUUUUAGGUUAUAGUAGUACUACAAUUAAGGAAUUGUUCAACACUAAUGUAGUCCGUUAACUUUGUCUUUAAAUUUUAAUUAAAAAAAAA